AUGGCGAUCUCCAUCGAGGAGCUGGACCAGCUUGUGCGCUCCUUCUAUGAAGGUCGUGGCGAUCAGUUUAAGGAAGAUCCCGAUGCAUGGCUGAUGGUGGAUGACAUCCUGUCCAAGGCAUCUUACCCGCAGACAAAGUACCUCGCACUCCAGGUUCUCGACAAUGUGAUCAUGACAAGAUGGAAAGUCCUGCCUAGAGAGCAGUGCCAAGGCAUUCGCAACUUCGUUGUGAGCUUCAUCCUCCAAUGCUCGAGUACCGAGGAGUCUUUACGAUCUCAGCGGACUUUGCUCAACAAACUCAAUCUCGUUCUCGUCUCCGUCCUGAAGCAGGAGUGGCCCCACAACUGGCCAACGUUCAUCAACGAAAUCAUAUCUGCCUGUCAUUCGAGUCUGUCGGUCUGCGAGAACAACAUGAUUAUCCUGCGUCUCUUGUCCGAGGAGGUCUUCGACUAUUCUGCCGAGCAGAUGACAUCCGCCAAGACCCGCAACUUGAAGACGGUCAUGUGUGCCGAAUUCUCACAGAUCUUCCAGUUGUGCCAGGAGAUUCUAAAUACCGCAAAUCAGCAGAGCCUGAUUCAAGCCACCUUGGAGACAUUGCUUCGCUUCUGUAACUGGAUUCCAUUGGGCUACAUCUUCGAAACACCUCUGAUUGAGACUUUGCGCACGCGCUUCCUCGAGACUCCUGAGUUUCGUAACGUAACCCUCCAGUGUUUGACAGAGAUUGGUGGUCUACAGACAGCGGGUGCUGGGCAGGUCGGCAACUAUGAUGAACAGCUUGUAAAGAUGUUCACCGAGGUCCUUGCUACCAUCUCAACCAUCAUCCCCAUUACUAUCGACCUCAAGUCAACCUAUUCACAGAGUAAUUCGCGCGACCAGCAAUUCGUUCAGAAUCUUGCUCUAUUCCUCACCAACUUUUUCUCCAUGCAUCUCAAUUUGAUCGAGAAUCUACCAAACCGCGAUUAUCUCAGUCACGGCCACUACUAUCUCAUUCGGAUCUCCCAGAUUGAUGACCGCGAGAUCUUCAAGAUCUGCCUUGAUUAUUGGCUAAAGCUUGUUCAGGAGCUCUAUGAGGAGAUGCAGGCAUUGCCCAUUACGGACAUGAACCCCCUUUUGGCGAUGGGCACAAUGUCCACCGGCGGCGCACCAAACCCUGCGCUCUUGACAAACUAUCCCCUACGAAAGCACAAGUACGGCGAGGUGCUGUCGAAUCUGCGAAUCGUCAUGAUUGAGAAGAUGGUUCGUCCUGAGGAAGUCUUGAUUGUUGAGAACGACGAGGGUGAGAUUGUACGAGAAUUCGUAAAGGAGAGUGAUACCGUGCAGCUGUACAAGACUAUUCGCGAGUGCCUUGUCUAUCUCACCCAUCUCGAUGUCGUCGAUACCGAGCAGAUCAUGACCGACAAGCUUGCCAAACAGGUUGACGGCAGUGAGUGGUCUUGGCACAACUGCAAUGUUUUGUGCUGGGCCAUUGGAUCCAUCUCCCUGGCAAUGAACGAAGAGACCGAGAAGCGCUUUUUGGUCACUGUGAUCAAGGACCUUCUUGGCUUGACAGAGAUGAAGCGCGGGAAGGACAACAAGGCCGUUGUUGCCAGCAACAUCAUGUACAUUGUUGGCCAGUAUCCUCGUUUCCUGAAGGCCCAUUGGAAGUUUCUCAAGACUGUUGUGAACAAGCUGUUUGAGUUCAUGCACGAAUCCCAUGAAGGUGUUCAGGACAUGGCUUGCGAUACUUUCAUUAAAAUCGCGAAGUCGUGCAGACGUCACUUUGUUGCACUACAGCCCAGCGAGCAAGAGCCGUUCAUCGAGGAGAUAGUUAGAAACCUCCAGAAGAUAACGUGCGAUCUCACUCCUCAGCAAGUGCACACUUUCUACGAAGCAUGUGGUUACAUGGUUGCCGCCCAGGGCAACCGCAAUCAGCAGGAACGUUUGCUUUCUGAUCUCAUGGCUCUCCCGAAUGCCGCUUGGGAUACGAUCAUCAAGCAGGCAACGGUGGACCCAAAUAUCCUGCAGGAUGCCAAUACCAUCAAGGUUAUUGGUAAUAUCAUGAAGACAAACGUAUCAGCCUGCUCAUCUGUCGGACCCUACUUCUAUCCGCAGAUCGGCCGUAUCUACCAUGACAUGCUGCAGAUGUAUCGCGCAACGAGCCAACUAAUUUCUGAGGCUGUUGCCCGUGAUGGAGAGAUAGCUACCAAGAUGCCUAAAGUCCGCGGAUUGCGGACGAUAAAGAAGGAGAUCCUGAAGCUGAUUGAGACAUUUGUGGACAAGGCAGAUGAUCUCCAGGCAGUGCGCGCUCAGAUGGUCCCGCAACUGCUCGAUUCCGUACUCGUGGACUACAAUCGCAACGUCGCCGGAGCUCGGGAUGCCGAAGUUUUAAGAGCUAUGACAGCUGUCAUCUCCAAACUAUCAUCUCUGAUGGAAGACCAAGUCCCUGUCAUUAUGGAGAAUGUCUUCGAGUGCACGCUGGAUAUGAUCAAUAAGGACUUCUCGGAAUUCCCAGAGCACAGAGUCGAGUUCUUCAAUCUGCUGAGGGCUAUUAACCUUCACUGUUUCCCGGCUUUGCUCAAACUCGACAACCGACAGUUCAAGUUCGUGAUCGACUCGUGCCUUUGGGCCAGCAAGCAUGAUAACCGCGACGUCGAGGCCGCUGGCCUCAACAUGUGUCUUGAGCUUAUUAACAAUAUCGCCGACAAGACUGAUGUCCAGACGUCAAACGCAUUCUUCAACCAGUUCUUCAUCCCUAUCUUGCAGGAUGUGUUCUUCGUCAUCACUGAUCAGGACCACAAGGCCGGCUUCAAGACACAGUCACUGUUACUGAUGCGCAUGAUUUACUUCGUUCAGCCAGCAGAUGGCUCGUCACCUAAGAUCCAAGGACCUAUUUACCAACCAGAUCAGGCUCAGCCAGGCACGAGCAACAGAGAGUUCCUUGGUAACUUUGUUGGUACCCUUUUGAGCAACGCCUUCAGUAAUCUCCAGACACCACAGAUUGCGGCCUUUGUUGAGGGACUGUUCACUCUCAACACCCAGUACGACAAAUUCCGUCUUGCCCUGCGUGACUUCCUGAUCUCACUGAAGGAGUUCGCGGGCGACAAUGCAGAAUUGUAUCUCGUGGAGAAGGAAAAGGAGGAGCAUGCCGCAAAGCAGGCCGACAUCGAGCGACGCUCAAAGGUAGGUGGUUUGAUGAAGCCCUCCGAGCUGGAGCAGGACGACGACGAACUGUGA